GACAGGUGGGCAGAUUGUACAUUAGUGGUGUCGCUGGGUUCAGCUGAUUUUCCCCAGGGGAUCCCUGCUCAGUUUGGCCCCAAACUACCUCUGCUAAUCCCACCAGAGCAGAUGAAGAGGAUCUGCUGAGCACACACUCACACACCUGCCUGUCAACUGGGAGCUGAGAGGAACACCUGAGAGAACCAGCAGCAGCAGACGUGCCACCAUGGAGUUCCUGUUCCAGUUGCUGUUCUCCCCUCUCCCGACCCCGGCCAUCAUCUCCCUGUUCGCCCUGGCGGCUGCCACCCUGUUUUACCUCAACACACGGCCUAGUCCUGUCCGCAACCCUGCCGACCUCAAACGCCAAACUCUGGGGAUCAAGGACGGAGCAAGAAAAACUGCUUUGCUUGAGGGCAACAAUAACCUGAUAUCCUACUGCUAUGAAGAAGCCAAGACCAUCUAUGAGGUUUUUCAGAGGGGGCUGAAAGUUUCAGGUAAUGGACCAUGCUUAGGCUACAGAAAACCAGGAAGGCCAUACCAGUGGCUGAAAUACAAACAGGUGUCUGAUCGAGCAGAGCACCUGGGGUCAGGGCUGCUUCAUCGAGGUUUGAAGCCAAACCAGGACACUUUCAUUGGCAUCUUUGCUCAGAAUAGACCUGAAUGGAUUAUUGGUGAAUUGGCCUGUUACACCUACUCCAUGGUGGCCGUUCCCCUGUACGACACCCUGGGUCCUGAAGCUCUUGUGUUCAUUAUCGACAGAGCGGAGAUCUCCACAGUGCUUUGUGACAAUCAAAAGAAAGCAGAAACACUGCUGCAGAAUCGGGAGAAAGGCCAGAGUGCUGCUCUCAAAACCAUCAUCAUCAUGGACCCUUUCAACUCCGAGUUGGUCGAGAGAGGAACCAAGUGUGGGGUGGACAUUGUUUCCCUGCAGGAUGUGGAGGCUCUGGGGAAAAGCAAUCUUCAAAAGCCAAUUCCACCACGGCCAGAGGACCUUAGUAUUGUUUGUUUCACCAGUGGUACAACAGGAGACCCUAAGGGAGCAAUGCUGACCCAUGAGAAUGUGGUCUCUGAUGCUGCAGGCGUCAUCAAAAGCUUUGAGUCAUCAGUUGUUCCAAAUACCCAGGAUGUCAGCAUUUCAUUCCUGCCUUUAGCGCACAUGUUUGAGAGAGUCGUACAGACAGUGAUGUACGGUGCUGGGGCCAGAGUGGGAUUCUUCCAGGGUGACAUCAGACUGCUGCCAGAUGACAUGAAAACCCUGCAGCCCACCAUUUUCCCAGUAGUUCCUCGCCUCCUCAACCGUGUCUAUGACAAAGUCCAGAGUGGGGCCAAGUCGCCUUUCAAGAAAUGGCUCCUGAACUUUGCUGUGGACAGGAAAUAUUCUGAGGUCAAGGAGGGCAUCAUCAGGAACAACAGCAUAUGGGAUAAGCUCAUCUUCCACAAAGUCCAGGAGUCCCUGGGGGGGCGUGUGCGGGUCAUGGUGACUGGAGCAGCUCCCAUAUCUCCCUCUGUUCUCAACUUCCUCAGGGCUGCUCUGGGCUGUCAGAUCUUUGAGGCGUACGGCCAGACAGAGUGCACAGCCGGCUGCACCUUCACCAUGCCAGGAGAUGCCACUUCAGGGCAUGUUGGAACACCACUGCCCUGCAAUAUUGUGAAGUUGGUGGAUGUUGAAGAAAUGAACUACUUUGCUUCAAAUGGUGAAGGGGAGGUCUGUAUCAAGGGUAGAAAUGUGUUCAAGGGGUACUUGAAAGACCCAGAGAAGACUGCAGAGGCCUUGGAUAAAGACGGUUGGCUCCACACUGGGGACAUUGGAAAAUGGCUUCCGAGUGGAGUUCUGAAGAUUAUUGACCGAAAGAAGAACAUCUUUAAGCUGGCUCAGGGGGAGUACAUAGCACCAGAAAAGAUUGAGAAUGUGUAUGUCCGCAGUGGACCUGUGGCCCAGGUAUUUGUGCAUGGAGACAGUCUUCAGUCUUGCCUGGUUGCCAUUGUGGUCCCUGAUCCUGAGGUCCUGCCAGGUUUUGCCAAAAGUCUGGGGUGCCAAGGCUCCAUUGAAGACCUCUGCAAAAACACAGAAAUUAAGAAAGCCAUUCUUUCAGACAUGAUCAAACUGGGCAAAGAAGCGGGGCUCAAGUCCUUUGAGCAGGUGAAAGAUGUUUACCUCCAUCCAGAGCAGUUCACCAUUGAAAAUGGCCUGUUAACACCCACACUCAAGGCUAAGAGGGCUGAGCUGAAAGCUCUCUUCCAGUCACAGAUUGACAAACUCUACGCUAACAUGUAAUAAAUGAAGUGAACCAAUACUA